AUGUCUGAAACUCAUUUGCUGCAGCGUGCCAUCCAUCAGCUGUUCCGUGAUGGGUCCGCGAGGCCUCGGAAGGGUCGGCGUCGCGCUUCCCUGAUCCAAGCUUUAGAAGCACAGCGUGCGCACAUUCGGCAAAUAUGCGAAGUGUCGGGAGUGGUAGGCUUGUCGCUGGCCGUGGUUGAUCAUGGCGAGACUAUCUUCCAGGAGAACAUGGGCUACCGCGAUCUCGCAAACGAGAAACCGGUAACCUCGGACACCAUUUUCCCCAUCGCCUCGUUAACCAAGAGCUUCACGACAGCCUGUAUAAAUCGUCUACGGGCCCAGGACAAGCUGGCAUUCAACGACCUGAUAUCGACGCUGCUUCCAGAAGCCAAAAGUCAGGAUUCUGUAGUUGCGGCGACGAUUACAGUGGCUGAUAUUCUAGGUCACCGGACAGGACUUCAGAAAGCCGAUAGCUUGUGGCUCGGCGCCAACGGGGAGGUCAUGUUCGACAUGGACCAGACCGCGUCUAUACUCAGCCAGCUAAGACCACAAACCAGCAUCAGGUCUCGGUUUCUCUACAGCAAUAUCGCGUUUGCUGUUUUGGGACAACUGAUCACAAAGAUCACGGGUCAGCCAUACCACCUUUAUCUGAAAGAGCACAUUCUAGAGCCCCUUGGUAUGACUCGCACUCUUGUCUCAAAGGGAGACAGUUUGGUCGACGACUGCUCUUUGGCUUACAGCACGUUGGAGAAUCGCGACCCCUAUAAUGUGUCUCUGCCCGCACCCAGUGCAGACGGGGCAAUGGGCGCUGCCGGAGGGUUGCGAAGCUCAGUGAACGAUUUGAUCAAGUUUUACAUGGCCCUCAUGAGGUCGUGGCAAGAGGCGUCUCGGGCGAGGAGAGAAGACACGGCAGCUGUGAAGGAGCAGCCUGUUUUUGGUGAUGCGGCAUGGCUGUUUGCACCUCUUCAAAUAAUGGAGACGCCAGCCCUCAGGGAAAAGAGCUAUGCUGGUGGAUGGGCUAGAAGUCAGCUACCCACCACCGUUGGAGAUAUCGGGGUCAAUCCCGGGCUUGUGGGGGACAUGCCCAUUCUCGCACAAGGGGUCAAUUCCUGUCUGGCACUUUGGCAUCAGGGUAGCCUCGUCGGCGCUACAUCUUUUGUUAUGCUAUUCCCGGAAACAGAAUCUGCGGUGCUGGUUCUGACUAACACGAUGGCCUUAAAUGAUGCCGCAGAUUGGAUCGGACAACUGUUAGUUGAAACGUUGCUCGACAGUCCUUAUCGGAAUGAUUUCGUCAAGCUGGCUUCUCUUAGCGCAGAUCGAGCACUCAAGAGGUAUAUCGAACUUACCGAUAUGAUUGAGGAGGGGCGGGUGAAGGAUGGCCCAUCGAGAUCCCUGAGUGACUACACCGGAUCCUACGUCGGGCUUGAGGGUCUGUUUCGUAUUCUGGUGAUCGAAAAGCACGGUCAACUUAACAUCCUCUUCCAAGAACGCCAAUCACAGCGAUACCCAUUGCAGCAUCAUCACGAGAACACAUUUACGUGGUUCAUGUCUUGGGAUGACCAAAUCAGACGUUCGCGCUUCAUCAAUGCUCAACCAGCGUUCUACUUCAUUCACUUUGAAGAAAAUUCCGGGCAGGAAAUUACGACUUUGAACUGGAAGUUUGAUGUGGCCAUGACAGAAGGCGAGGACUUUUCGAAGAAGCGAUGA